UUAUGCGAGCCCUGGCACACACAUCCAGAACCGUUCCACUCCCCUAUGCUCAGCACACCUUGGGGGCAAGAAGUGCGCACGAUAGGGUAUGGACUCUCGCCUGUGGGGGUGUUGGAGCAGUGGUGCGAGCGCUUGCCUGAGCUGGAGUUGGAGUUGGAGUUGGAGGGCAGUACUGGAGGGCUCAAGAUUCUGCCAGGGUCAAAGUUACUCCAUCCAAGAGUCGUCCCCCUCCUCCGACCUGUAUACCUAGCGAACAUCCGACUCUCCUCCCAGGACCUAUCAGCAACACUCGUCCUCCCCGCUCAUACGCCCGCGUCCCUCUCUUCCCUCUUCUCCCGCAGCACAUACUCCACAGUUUACGCACCUAGGGAUAUCAGCUCUUCCCCUGAGAGGGGGGUGGGGGUGUACAGCUCGAGGUGGACAGAUACGCACCAGGUUUUUGGCUCGCUUUUCGUACUCCCCCACCCCGGGUGGGAAAAGGUACUCCCUCCCCUGGUGGUAUUUUUACAAAAGGGAAGAAGGAGGUUCUCACAGUGGGAGAAACUGGGCGUGGACGUGCAGGAGGGGGAGGGGGGGAUGUGGGAGAGGGAGAUGAUACGGUCUUGGAAGGGGGAAAGCCCGGAGGAGACGUUUGCCUGGCUUAGGGAAUAUCAAUGAGUGCUCCACCUGCUCCCUGGGAGGCGGAGGGGCGCUGUCUUAUGGUAACGUACGUUGUAC